ACUUCCGGUCCUGCGCAGGGCCUCCUGGCAUUGCAGGAUGGGAUGGAGAGGAGCCGGGCGGAAGUGGUCCUUGCCAUUUUACGUCUGAGCCCAAGGUACUGCUAGAGGUUGCCCGGAAUGGUUCCGGUUUACGUUUCGUGUCCUUGUAUAAUUAUUAAAAGAGCUCCUUUCACUGUCAAAAGCGUACCAGGUGAGGACAAAUUACAUUGUCUUCCUAGUUCUAGUCAUUUUGGUUUGAAAUAGGAAGGAAGGAGGCGAGCAGGUGAGGGGCGUUCUCUCUAAUGGGUCCCGCGCUCGACUUCCGGUAGCCCGAAGACACUAAUUUCGAAACGUGUUAUGCAAGGGCAUCUUUUCUGUUUCAACAACAGCUGUGCUAAGGUGAGACACGUUUUCUAACUUCUGGUAAGACUGAGAAAUUAAGCAAUAGUACUUUCUGAAACGAUCAAGAAGAAAAAUGCCCCACCAUACUUUCUGACUGCUAGAAACACCUGGAAGAAGAGAAGUGAGAAAGGAAGCCUCAGAGUAACCCCCCACCCGACAAGGGAAUAACAAAAAGAAUGCAAGUUACUGGAACAUCAGAUAAACAAAACGCAAGCAAGGAGUAAUAUGUCAGUGACACUGCAUACAGAUGUAGGUGAUAUUAAAAUAGAAGUUUUCUGUGAGAGAACACCCAAAACUUGUGAGAAUUUUUUGGCUCUUUGUGCCAGUAAUUACUACAAUGGCUGUAUAUUUCAUAGAAAUAUCAAGGGUUUCAUGGUUCAAACAGGAGAUCCGACAGGUACCGGAAGAGGAGGUAACAGUAUCUGGGGCAAGAAAUUUGAGGAUGAAUAUAGUGAAUAUCUUAAGCACAAUGUUAGAGGUGUUGUAUCUAUGGCUAAUAACGGGCCAAACACCAAUGGAUCUCAAUUCUUCAUCACCUAUGGCAAGCAGCCACAUUUGGACAUGAAAUACACAGUAUUUGGAAAGGUAAUAGAUGGUCUGGAGACUCUGGAUGAAUUGGAGAAGUUACCAGUAAAUGAGAAGACCUAUCGACCUCUUAAUGAUGUACACAUUAAGGACAUAACUAUUCAUGCCAAUCCAUUUGCACAAUAGCUAUAAUCUGGAAAAAUAUUUGGCAGACUAUUCAAGGAACACACCUAUUGUGCUUUACCCAGUUUUAACUAUGUUGAAAGAUUACAUCAUCCUUCUGCCUGUUUAUAGCUAAGAUCUUCUAUGAGUUGGUGUUACCGUGGGGGCCCAAACAGCUUUUAUUCCCAUUAUUAAAGCAUAUUUUUUACUAUAACUGUUA